AUGGCAGAUAAUCCCUCCCCGGAAAUCCGGUCAUGGUCAGACGCCCAGCAAAAUGUAUUUGAUCACCACUCUGCUUGGUUUGAUAGCUUCAUACAAUCACAACAAAUGGCUAAUAUUUCACAGAAUUCAGUACAUGGUGUCAACGGAGCAACUCGAAGACCGACGUUAGGAUGGUUUAGAACACGUCGAGAAGCAUGGCAGUCAUCUGAAAACCACGCGGAAAUAGAAGUGGGUUCUCAAACCGAGGGUGAAGAAGCACGGCAGUCAUCUGAAAAUCACGCGGAAACAGUAGUGAACUCUCAAGCCGAGGGCGGAGAAGUUCGACUCCUGGAGGAUGAGGGUCAACCUAAUCCUCCGCCCUCGAUCUUUGAAGAUGACACGAUGAUCAAACGCAAUUGUUAUGAGGAUUUUAGACUUGAAAAUAUUGAAAACAAACUUCUUCCAGUAUCUGACUGCCACUCAGACCACUGUCCUAUUUGCCAGGAAAAGUACAAUACAACCUUAGAUGCUUCUACUGUGGUCAAGGACAUACGUUAUUGCGAUGAUUGCCAGAGAUCGUUUACUAUGAAGCCCGACACCAGCAACUCUCACAAGGCUUGUACAAUGCCAAAAUGCUCGCACGUAUUUGGCAGAUACUGUAUUAUUCAGUGGUUGAAGGACAACUCGACCUGCCCUCUGUGCCGUGAUGAGGUAGAUUUCCAAUAG